UCUUGACUUAAAUUAGCAGGUUAGGCCAUUUAGGGGUGGACGGGAGAAGGGAGAAGGGAAAAGGUAAUCUUUGAACAUGUAAAUUUGUAAGCCAAAAAUUUCCCAAAACCGAUCCCACCUCUGCGGAAAAAUACAAAUUUCUAACUUUCUCUCUGCAAACUCGCCGCUUUGCUAAAUCGUAAAGAAGGAAAAAGGGUAUGGGGAAAGAGAGUGAAUUAUGGGAUGAUUCUGCUCUAAUCAAUGCUUUCGAUGAAGCCAUUUCCAAGUACAAGAAAAUGCACAAAAAAUGGUACAAAGAAAAUCCGAAUACUUCUUCUGCAGAUAUCAAAUGCAGCAAUUCUGAUGCUCCCUCUGGAAUUGAUGCUAUUCAAGAACAUAACAGUAAUCCAGAAAAACUUGAUGAGGGGAAUGUUAAUGGCCAGCUUGCUACACCAGAAGUGGAAGAGACCAAAAGUCUGGAAACAGCUAAAGGAAAUGAAAAUGCAGAUUCAGAAGUUCCCGGAGAACAUGCACUUGGGUCCAGUAGUUUGCCCCUGCAGGAUCAGUCUCAAAAUCAUUCUACCUCCCUAGACAUGGAUGAAUACAAUCAACUUUAUAAACAGUAUUAUGAAGUUGAGGAGCAAAGGCAAAAUAUUCUACAGAAGCUGCAGAACUUCAGCAAUUAUUAUUCUCAUCCUAGUGAAGUGCCUGUUUCUGGCUUGGAGUGGGGCGCCAAUUCUGUUACCCAAGAAUAUCAAUCCUCUGCAAGUCAAGUGCCUUGUGGGACAAUGGUUGUUUCUUGCUGCCCAUAUGCUGGUCAAUGCACCAUGGCUUCUUGCUCUUCAAUUCCUUGCCCUUUAGCUGGUGUUUCCACUAGUACUCUUUGUGUCAAUUCUCCGGCAAUAGAAGAUAAGGGAAAGCAUUCAACAGUUGAAGAUGCUGAUAUUGUUAAGACGGCAAUGGGAGCUGCUGAAAGAGCAAUGUCCACAUUGAAGAAUGGAACUUCUGAUUCAAUUGAAAACAAAAGCAACAAUGGAGCAGAACAAAGUGCUACCUCUGGAACUGAUCUAAGCACAGUCCUGAAUGCGUGGUAUUCUGCAGGAUUUUACACCGGAAAGUAUUUAACAGAACAAUCUCUAGCUAAGAAGCAACAUGAUUAGAUUCUUUUGCAGCUGUGUCGUCCAGUAUGAUAUAAACAUGAAAACAACUCAUCUUUAGGGAACCAUUCAAGUAGGCAGCCGACAGUGGAAUUUUUUCGUUUACUUCCGAUUUCUCAAUGAUGAAUGUGCCAUGGAGCUUGUCUGAGCUUUAAUGUUUUUGUGGCUAGCUGUGUUGUCUUCCAUAAUCUGAUUUCCUAUGAACUAGUGGUCUGUAAGCUUCUUACUUGGUUGAGUGAAAUUGAGUAAUUGACUGGCAAUUUCCAAGCUUAUUAGGGUUUUUGGAUGUGUAUUCACUCUAUGAACAGAAUUUGAAGGGCAGGGGCGGUCUUCAUGUUUGAUAUACAAAUCAGAAAGCAUAAUAAAAUUCCAAGCACUUGAAUA